AUGUACCGGGAGACACACCGGCGCCGUCUACCAGCAACCCACGCCUCCAUACCUCUUCCUACCGCACCCUGUACAUCUGCACCUCCUCCGUCUGUCUUUCCUCACGCGAACUCGCCCAACGCUCGUUACCUUUUCCUCGAGAUGAAGCAAUGGCGGCAGGAAAUGAGGGAGAAAGAUGGCGGUUCUGAUGCUAUUGAUCUUCUUUUCCUUGUUUACGAUGGCGAGGUAUGGUCUGUUUCAAUGAGGGACAUCCACUAUCUGACAGCUCUUCUUUUCUUUGUUUACGAUGACGAGGUAUGGUCUGUUUCAAUGAGGGACAUCCACUAUCUGACAGAUCUUCUUUUCUUUGUUUACGAUGGCGAGUGCCAGGAUAUGACCUGUUUUAACGGUGACAUCUACUAUCUCUCAUAUCUUCUUUUCUUUAUUUACAAUGACUAUGUCUGGUCUGCUGGAACGUCGACAUCCACUAUAACACACUAUUCCCUUUUCUAA